CCCACGUAGGGGGCACCACGUGUCCGCAGCGCCAUGGCGUCGGUGCCCAAGAGGCCCAAGGUGCCGCGGCGGCGGGGUGGGAGGGACACGGGACACCCCGAUCCGGGCUCGGGGCUCCGGGGGCACCCCCGCUUCACCCCGGCUUCUCACCCGCAGGCGGCUGCCGGAGGCAGCGCCCGGGGACAGCGCAGCGCCGAUCCGCUCUCCGGCUUCCUGGCGUGGUGCGGGCGGGCCGGCGUGCAGCUCAGCCCCAAGGUGCGCCUGAGCCGGGCGGGCGCGGUGGCGGGGUACGGGAUGCUGGCGGCGGCCGAGCUGCAGGCCGGGGAGGUGCUGUGCAGCGUCCCGCGCGCCGCGCUGCUCUCCCAGCACACCAGCGCCAUCCGCGGGCUGCUGCGCGACGCCCAGGAGUCCCUGCAGAGCCAGUCAGGCUGGGUGCCGCUCCUGCUGGCCCUGCUGCACGAGUACACAGCCAGCAGCUCUCCCUGGCAGCCGUACUUCUCCCUCUGGCAGGACUUCAGGAGCCUGGAUCACCCCAUGUUCUGGCCUGAAGAAGAGCGAACAAGACUCCUGCAGGGCACAGGCAUCCCAGAAGCUGUGGACAAGGACCUGGCUAACAUCCACCUGGAGUACAGCUCCAUCAUCCUGCCCUUCAUGAAGGCCCACCCGAAAAUCUUUGACCCCAAGCUGCACACGCUGGAGCUGUACAAGGAGCUGGUGGCUUUUGUCAUGGCCUACAGCUUUCAGGAACCUUUGGAAGAGGAAGAUGAGGAUGAGAAGGGGCCCAACCCUCCGAUGAUGGUGCCUGUAGCAGAUAUUUUGAACCAUGUGGCCAACCACAACGCCAACCUGGAAUACUCUCCCCAAUGUUUACGAAUGGUUACCACACAGCCCAUCAGCAAAGGACAAGAGAUCUUCAACACGUACGGGCAGAUGGCCAACUGGCAGCUCCUGCACAUGUAUGGCUUCGCAGAGCCGUACCCUGGCAACAGCAACGACACAGCUGACAUCCAGAUGGUGACAGUUCGCAAGGCAGCACUGCAGCGUGCCAGCAGCGAGGCACAGCAGCAGCUGGUCGCAGAGCAGUGGGACUUCUUGUGCCAGCUGGAGAUGGUGGGGGAGGAAGGUGCCUUUGUACUCGGCUGGGAUGAGGUGCUGACAGAGGAAGAGCUGUCCACAACCCUGAAGGUGCUGUGCAUGUCAGAAGAAGAAUUUAAGGAGUAUAAGGAACAAGACGGCUGGGAGGACAACAGUGAGGAAGAAGAAAACUCUACCCUUUCAAACGAGGCUCUCUCCAGACUUAAAACCCCUUGCAAGAAGCUCCUUUAUGACAGCGUGUUGCUGACCCUGGAGUCCUACGGGUCAGACUUGAAAGCAGAGCAGGACUUGCUAAAUAACAAAGAGGCUUAUGAGAAACUGAGUCGAAGGGAGCAGCAAGCGUUGCAUGUGCGCUAUGGACAGAAAAGGAUCUUGCAUCAGCUGCUAGAGCUGGUACACUAGAAACCUCGCUGCCCCUGGAAACAAACUGCCUGGAACUGUGCUUGGGAAAGGAAGGCCAGCCUUGGGCAGUCUCCUCCGCAGCUCUGAGAGCAGAUGGUGAGAUUGAAUAUAGGCCCACUUGUCCCUCCUACGGCAUCUGGCUUUUCAGCUACCUCUACAUAAACAAAAGUAUCUUCCACCGCACAGAAGUGGUUUGGGGUGGCCUUAUCUUACAAUGAGCACUCUGGAGCACAACUACCGCCUUCUUCUAGACAACUUAAGAAAACCCAGGCCUCCGCAGGGCUGUUUUAGGAACACAGACAUAUGUUAUCAGAACAGCAAGUGGGUUCCCUCAUUUAGCAUCAGAAAUGUCAGGCAAGAACUGCUCCUUAAUCAGAUGAAGAGGGCAGAAAUGCAGCUGGUGGCUCUCACCUUACAGAGGUGCAGAGUAAACACCUGGCAGGCAGAGAUGCUGACAGUAUAGGUGAAGAGUUCAGUGCUGAGUUAAUACUGCGCAUUUGAAAGAGUACAAGCCCAUCCAUCUGGGUUUCAUGGAGGCUCGGUAGAGCAAGGUAUUUCCUUUUCCCUCUCUAAAAGGCAGUUCUGUAUGGGCUCGAGUACUCUUUAACAGAGCAUGUCACAGUUCUGCAGCUGUUGUAGGCCAAGCAUUUGAUACACGUGCUUCAGUGGAUACAGUUCUCCCCUGAGCUCAGGCACUGCUCUGCAUCGUGUUUAUAUUACCGUUUUUCCCCUCAGCAGUUUUUGCGUGACAGAACACUGGAGGUUUGCAGGCCAAGCUAUAUUUAAUAAAGAUAAUGUUUCUUACCCAGCCAA